UACCAACAGAACUCAUUGGCCAGGAGGUGAGCUGCCCCACUCCCGGAUGCAAUGGAUCAGGACACAUUCGAGGAAAGUAUGCAAGACACAGGAGUUUACAAAGCUGCCCACUAGCAAAGAAGAGGAAACUUCAGCAUGUAGAAACAGAGCAUCUGGCACCCAAGAGGAAAUCCCAUCCCCUGAAGCUCACCCUUGACGAAGGCUAUAAUGUUGACAGUGAUGGGAGUGAAGAGGCAGAAGCGAAGGAGGAGUCUGUGACGGACGAUUCAGAAGGCACCCUGGAGGAGGAUGAAGGAGAAGCACUUGCACCAAAGGAGGCUUCCAGCAGCCCUCCCCCAGAAGAAGGCCAAAGAACAGAAGGAACUCUUGUGUCUAAAAGGCAAGUGUCUGAAAGUGAAGGACAAGUCUCCAGCAGUGGGGGAAACACAGUGCACUUGCUCCAUGAAGGAGCAGCAGAAGAAGAAGAGGAGGAAGAGGAGGAAGAGGAAGAGGCAAUUGAGGAGGAAUGUGAAAAGGAGAUCAUCAUCCACACGGAGGAUGCAGAAGAAGUCAUUGAGGUCACCAGCGAGCGCAGCAGUGAUUUGUGCCUGGAACAUCGGGAUGAUGAGGUGAGCUACGAGGAAUCGUGCAAACUGCAAAAGGAGGAGGAGGAGGAGGAGGAGGAGGAGGAGGAGGAGGAGGAAGAAGAUGAAGAAGACCAUGAAGAAGAAGAGGAGGAAGAGGAGGAGGAGGAAGAAGAAUAUGAGGAGGAAGAAGAAGAGGAAGAGGAAGCAAUGGCUGAAGUAAUCUGUCAAGAAGCUCCUCACACAUCUCAGGAUACCCCCAAAACCCACUGUGAAAGACAGAUGGUCAACCCCAAGCCGGAAUAUUCUGUCAUUGUGGAGGUGAGGUCUGAUGAUGACAAGGAUGAUGAUUCGCACUCCCAGAAGUCCACUGUGACUGAUGAAUCCGAGAUGUAUGAUAUGAUGACUCGGGGGAACCUGGGGCUGUUGGAGCAGGCCAUUGCACUGAAAGCUGAACAGGUCAAGGUGGUGAGGGAGCCUAGCCAGCAGCUGACAGGAGAGCAUGCAAAACAUUUCCAAACUGAGGAGAAGCAAAACAAAACCUUGGAUUCCAUCAGGAAGAACUAUUACAGCAAAGAUUCUUCAAGACCUGAGAAGCGUGAAAUCAAAUGUCCAACUCCAGGCUGUGAUGGCACUGGCCAUGUCACAGGACUUUAUCCUCACCAUCGCAGUUUGUCUGGCUGCCCGCACAAAGACAGGAUCCCUCCUGAGAUCCUGGCCAUGCACGAGAAUGUAUUAAAAUGCCCAACACCUGGAUGCACCGGACAGGGCCAUGUAAAUAGCAACCGCAACACUCACCGAAGCUUAUCUGGGUGUCCCAUUGCAGCUGCAGAAAAAUUAGCCAAAACUCAUGAGAAGCAACAACCCCCAACCAGUGACCCUUCAAAAAAUCACUCAAAUUCAGAUCGGAUACUCAGGCCUAUGUGUUUUGUGAAGCAACUGGAGGUGCCUCAGUAUGGAAGUUACAGACCCAAUAUGGUUCCUAGCACGCCAAGGGCCAACUUGGCCAAGGAGCUGGAGAAAUACUCCAAAGUCACCUUCGAUUAUGCAAGUUUUGAUGCUCAGGUUUUUGGCAAACGCAUGCUUGCCCCAAAGAUUCAGACUAGCGAAACCUCACCUAAAGCCUUUAAAUGCAAACCUUUUCCAAAGGUUUCCACUUCCCCCAGCCACAGCCCCUCCAGCAGUUAUGUGAAGAACACUUCGUCUUCAUCCACAGGCUUCGACUACGCCCACGAUGCCGAAGCUGCGCAUAUGGCUGCCACUGCCAUUUUGAACCUCUCCACCCGUUGCUGGGAAAUGCCUGAAAAUCUCUGCACCAAGCAACAAGAUCUCUCCAGCAAGUCAGAGCCCGCAGCCCGUUCAUUUGCCUCCUCAGAAGUAGAUGAACAAGAAGUUCCAGAAGAAAACUUUGAAGAAAGAAAGUACCCAGGGGAAAUCACCUUAACCAACUUCAAGCUUAAGUUCCUUUCCAAGGAGAUCAAGAAAGAGCUACUCACUUGCCCUACCCCAGGCUGUGAUGGCAGCGGACACAUCACGGGAAAUUAUGCUUCUCAUCGCAGCCUUUCUGGUUGCCCCCUUGCUGACAAGAGUCUCAGAAAUCUCAUGGCUGCCCACUCUGCUGACCUCAAGUGCCCAACUCCCGGCUGUGAUGGAUCCGGUCAUAUAACAGGAAAUUACGCAUCACAUAGGAGUUUAUCAGGUUGCCCUCGUGCCAAGAAAAGUGGAAUGAAAAUCACACCCACAAAGGAUGACAAGGAGGAUCCUGAGCUGAUGAAGUGCCCUGUUCCUGGAUGUGUUGGACUCGGACACAUCAGUGGCAAAUAUGCCUCCCAUCGCAGUGCCUCAGGUUGUCCCCUUGCAGCCCGGAGGCAGAAGGAAGGUUCUCUCAAUGGCUCAACCUUUUCAUGGAAGUCACUUAAGAAUGAGGGUCCAACCUGCCCAACUCCAGGGUGUGAUGGUUCAGGUCAUGCAAAUGGAAGCUUCCUCACUCAUAGAAGCUUAUCGGGGUGUCCAAGAGCUACUUUUGCUGGAAAAAAAGGGAAAAUCUCAGGGGAUGAUAUUCUCAACACUAAAUUCAAGACCAGCGAUGUUCUAGAGAACGAUGAAGAAAUCAAACAGUUAAACAAAGAAAUCAGCGAGCUGAAUGAAUCCAACACUGAGAUGGAAGCAGCCAUGGUGAAACUGCAGUCACAGAUCUCCAGCAUGGAGAAAAACCUCAAGAACAUUGAGGAGGAGAACAAGAUGAUAGAGGAGCAGAAUGAAGCCCUCUUCCUUGAGCUCUCAGGGCUGAGCCAGACUCUUAUCCAAAGUCUUGCCAAUAUCCGCCUUCCACACAUGGAGCCAAUCAGUGAGCAGAACUUUGAUGCCUACGUGAACACUCUUACUGACAUGUACACCAACCAGGAAUGCUACCAGAAUCCAGAAAACAAGGAUCUGCUGGAAAGCAUCAAACAGGCCAUUAAAGGAAUUCAGGUCUAAGAAGUGGGACAAAAAAAGAAAAGGAAACUUAAAGAGAGCAAGAGAGUGAGAGAGAGAAGAUGUUAGAAUAUCUGGAAGACUUUAGAAGACCUUCACUCAGGUUUAUUUGUUGAAUGAAUGAAUUA